AAUCAGACGACGACGACGAUGAUGCUUUCUUCUUCCCCUUCUUCCUUCUCUCCUCCGUUCCUCUCUUCUUCUCCGCCUCUCUCCCCCACAUCUCCGCCGCCUCACGCUCGCCUUGCUCCGCCUAUCUCCGCCGCCGCUUCCGCCUCCUGCUCCUACACCUGGACGGAGGAGCCGCCACGGUUGCGGCAGAGCCCACGGCGGGUGAGUGUGCCGCAAAGCGCGUCCCUGUACGAGAUCCUGGAAGUUCCGAUCGGCGCGACGAGCCGCGAGAUCAAGGCGGCUUACCGGCGAUUGGCCAGGAUCUGUCAUCCCGACGUCGCGGGAAUCGAUCGGGAAAACUCGUCGGCGGACGAGUUCAUGAGGAUCCACGCGGCUUAUUGCACGCUCUUGGAUCCCGAUAAACGAGCCGUCUACGACCGUAGGAUCCGGCAGCGGAGCAGACCGAUGACCACCGCCGGGACCUCCGGAUUCGGCAGGUAUGGCGGAAGAAACUGGGAAACCGAUCAGUGCUGGUAGUGAGUCGACUCAGCAACCGAGUUGGCUCGGGCCGGUGCCGCUACGGUUUGUGGUUAAUCAGAAACUGGGAAACUAAAUACACGGCGAGAAGCGUGGGGAUUAGUGGCUAAUCAGAUUAUCAUUGGAUUAGUCGUUAAUUACGAUCAAUCUUGGGUGGUUCAUGUGAUUAAAAAAAAAUCAGAUAACAUCAAAUGUAUAUAGAUGUAUGUAUUCACAUGUACAGAGUAUUAAGUAUGAAAUAGCCUGAAUUUCCAAAAGUUUAACGGAUCAAUAUCAGUGUGUAAAAUUUGUGGUUGUAACCAUUUAUGUUUACAUCUCAGAUUUUAGAUAUUUUUUUUUUCUA